CUUUGAUGGGCACCUGGUGUCCAGCCAGGGUCAACCCACCACAAGGAGAAAAGCUCUUCAGGAUGCAGACUUCUUGCUUUUGCACAGGCGAAGAGUCGACUGCUGUAAUGAUGCCAUCGCAGCAGAGAGCGGAGGAAGGGACCAGUUUUAGCCUCAAGUGCAUUAAAGAUAAAAAGGUCCCCAUCGGGGUCACCGUGGUCGUAGCAGCGUUGCUUCUCACCAUAAUCGCGCUGGCGGCUAAGAAAUGCCCGUCCUGUCCAUCCUGCUCCUCUCCUGUCCUUCCCAGCUGCCUGGAAAAUGGGAUCGGGUACAGGGAGAAGUGCUUUUACUUUGUGGAGGACGAAACGGACUGGAACAGGAGUCAGAUCUUUUGCCGUUCUCUCGGAGCCCAUUUGGCCACCAUUGACACCCAGGAGGAGCUGCAUUUCCUCUUGCGCUAUGGGAGUUCCUUGCACUACUGGAUCGGUCUCCACAGGGAAGGCUCUGGACCUUGGAAAUGGUCCAACGGGUCUCUCUUCAGCAAUGGGUUCGAGGUCCGGGGCAAGGGCCAAUGUGCCUAUAUCGAUGCUGACGGGAUCAGCAGCGACUGGUGCUCCCAGAUGAAAUACUCUGUCUGCAACCACCCGCAAAAGCACCCCAGUGGGAUUCAGAAGGAUUCGGAAAUCAUUCUGAAUUUCACCUGAAAUUUCCCCGUCGGCAGAGAAGAUCAACCACAAGCUGCUAUUAACCCUACGCAACAUGGUAGUGAGCGUCUCCCAACGGCACAGAUUUGUUUUAAUUUUAGCUUACAAAAGCAGAAACUCCUCAUGACAAUGACACAGAGCCGUGACCAAAGGAUCCUUACUUUAGUCUGACCGCUAGAGUCUUUCCAGUUUUGCAGACUUGGGAAUAUUGAAGAGGCUUGGAAAACUCCCUGCUUUGCUGGCAGCUGCCGUGCUGCAAAGCUCAGUCCUGCUGGUUUUGGUGUCUUUGUUCUUUGGUGGAUUUGGAGAAGUUGGAGGUGAGAGGCAGAAAUGCAAAGUGGAGAAACGAAACAGAAUUGCUUCCGAGUCCUGCUCUGGGAUGUGUUUUGGCAUCCUGGCGUGAUGCCCGGUACCAAGUCUGUCCCUGUUGUUCCUCAUGUUGUUUCCUCUGGCUUAAAUCACUGUGGCCUCUUUCUGGCAAAUCCAGCGGAACAAAGCGCUGCAGAUGUGGGAGUGCAGCUGAUCCCUCCAAAUCGUGGCACAAGCGUCUGCCUCCAUGGGACCCUGCACUGGGAACCUCAAAAGCACCGUGAUGGCAAUCAGCCUGGCGUCCUGCACUCAGACGCUGUUUCCAGUGACAGUAUUUAUCUCAUUGGGGUGUUUUCCUCCCCAAAACCUGAACCAGGUCAGCAGUUGUCCACUCAGCUGUGAGCACGGGAAGGUACCAGCCUCUUGUUUUUCCAGCUGUGUUGGGGGAGUCUGUGCUCCCCCAAAAACUUUUCUCCUCCCUACACCCCCAUGUGUGUAUUACUUGUCUAAUAAAUAUUAGCUCUAUCAGAA